AUGUCUAAAGACGUCUUCACACCAGUAAAGGAGGAUCACUCUAUCAUCAAACAACUCUGUGAACCAUUCAAGAAUGAGAAAGAUGAGCAUGGAAGACAAAAGAUUGCAAAUACUAUUAUUCGUGAAGUUCUUGGAAAUGGCAAGGAUUUCAUCGAUCAUACUCGUAAAGAACACCUUGAUAUCAAGAAUAUCAUGUACGAAUUGGACGGAAUGAAAGUCAGUGAUGCCGGCUACGUUCCGCUAUGGAGGGAUUCGUCAAACACUCUAAAGAAGAAGAAGAAGACAAUAUCCUUAAGCUACAAAAACGCAUCUCUCAAGAACAAAUGCAAGAACUUGGUCAAAGCUGACAUAAUACUCGACCUAUGGCCACAACUCAUCUUCAUACCAGCUGAAAUUAUCGUCGGAGCUGCCAUUACUCCUGCUGACAAGCUUCGCGACAUUACCCGUGAAUUCGUCGAAGUUCAUCGCACCUAA